AUGAAAGGCAGCAUGAUGUCUUUCAACGUCGGAUCUAAGACCAUCGCAUAUGCCAGGCGCGAGGGCGAACACUUCUGGCUGAACUGUCAAGGCACCGCUAAGUAUCAACAUAUGCUUGCGUGCAACAUGACUCUUCUGUCCGACUCAACAGCGUACGCGGUUAACAAAGCAAACCUACCCAAGCCAAUUUCGAUUGACCUGGCACACCGCCUUGCCUGUCAGGCUGUCACGCAUCGGGGCUUGAUUGUGGGUUCGCUUCGUGUUGCGGGUUCACAAUUCAGGGGCGGGGUGUGGUGCUGCACCCCUUAUGAGGGAGGUAGUGGGAAAACCGAUUGUCUCAAGGAUGAAGUUCUCCAGUGUUGA